AUGCAUAAGGAAUUGGCAGAGUCAUUCCUGCAGUGCAUAUCCCAUGAAAGAGACCAAGAUGUCGAACAAACUGUUACUCUGCUAAAUACGUUACCAUUAAAAAAACUUGUCUCCACAGGUUUAGCAAUCAAUAAUUUGACCUUGGAAAAUAUAAGAACAGGUCUAGCCGGUAAGCUGUACGUGGAAUUGGCUCCUGAUAAUGCCAUUGACGAUGAAAUUAACAGAGGUGAUAUCAAGGUAGGUGAUAUUGUUAUUAUAAAACCAUCAUCUAAAAAUGCGUCAUCCUCUCAAAAGAAAAAACAUUCAAAGAAUCAAGAAUCCACCAAUGAUCCUGAUUCCCAAUGCACUGGUGUAGUAUAUCGUAUCACAUCUCAACAAAUCACAGUCACUGUCGAUGAAAAGGAAGAACAAAAUGCCACCAAACUAUAUUCAUAUUCAAGGUUGCAUAUUUUGAAGACUGCAAAUACAAUAACGUACAAGAGAAUGGAGUCUACAAUGAGAAAAUUACAAGAAUUUGAUUCAAUUCCAUCAAAUAAAAUCAUACAAUUUUUAUUGAAUGGAGCAACUUUCAUUCCAAGGGUUUCAGGUGACACUAUACAGUUCCACAAUCCUAAUUUGAAUGAAUCUCAAAGAGACGCCAUAAAAUUCUCUAUCGAUAAUGAAAUUUCAAUUAUUCAUGGACCACCUGGUACGGGGAAAACUUACACAAUAAUUGAAAUUAUUCAGCAGCUGGUUAAGCGUGGUGAACGAGUCCUUGUAUGUGGGCCAUCAAAUAUUGCUGUGGACACAAUACUAGAAAGGUUAGCAAAAGUAUUACCAGGUAAUCUUUUAUUAAGAAUCGGUCAUCCGGCAAGGUUAUUAGAGGCUAAUCUAUCACAUUCAUUAGAUAUCUUGAGUAAAAAUUCAGAUGCUGGUGCCAUUGUGAAAGAUAUUUACCACGAAAUUGAUAGAACCAUAUCAAGUAUUAGAAAAAUCAAGAGCUAUAAAGAAAGAAAAGAAGCAUGGAAUGAAGUAAAACUUUUGAGAAAAGAACUAAGAGUGAAAGAGAAGAAAGUUAUUGAUGAAUUAAUUUUAGGUGCAAAAGUUAUUGUUUCUACGUUACAUGGUUCCAGUAGUAAAGAAUUAUGCAAUAUUUAUAAUUCGACAGAAAAACUAUUUGAUACUUUGAUUAUUGAUGAAGUUUCCCAAUCUAUGGAACCGCAAUGUUGGAUUCCUUUAAUUUCUCACUAUAAAUCAAAUAUGAAAAGAUUAAUAUUGGCCGGCGACAAUAAACAACUUCCACCAACUGUAAAAACAGAAGAUGAUGUAAAGAUACAAUCGAAAUUGGAAAAGACUUUAUUUGAUCGAUUAGUAGAAAUAUAUGGUGACCAAUUCAGAAAACUUCUUAAUGUGCAAUAUAGAAUGAAUGAAAAUAUAAUGACUUUUUCGUCUGUUCAAAUGUAUGAUGGGAAACUUCUGGCGGAUGAUUCCGUCCGAGAUAAGUUACUUAGUGAUAUACCAGGAGUUGAUGCCAAUGAUGAAACGAAUUUGCCUUUGAUAUGGUACGAUACUCAAGGUGAUGACUUUCUUGAAAGCACUGAAGAGGAAACUUCGACUAUUUUUCAAUCAAAAUUUAAUGAAAAUGAAGCAUUGAUUGCGAUGGAUCACGUAAAAAAGCUUAUAGAGAGUAAUAUACCAGAGCAUGCCAUUGGAAUUAUUUCACCUUAUAGUGCCCAAGUAGCACUAUUAAAGAAAACAAUAAGUGAUAAAUAUCCUACUAUUGAAAUUUCGACGGUAGAUGGGUUCCAAGGGAGAGAGAAAGAAGUGAUAAUAUUUUCAUUGGUCAGAAGUAAUGAAAAAUUUGAAGUUGGGUUUUUAAAAGAUGAAAGAAGAUUGAACGUUGCGAUGACAAGACCCAAAAAACAAUUAUGUGUUAUUGGUAAUAUUGAAACUUUACAGAGAAGUGGUAAUAAAUAUUUAGAUUCAUGGGGAAGAUGGAGUGAAGAGAAUAGUGACAUUAGAUAUCCUGAUAUAGGUGAUUAUUUAUAA